AUGAAGCUCAGGCUGAGAUCGUUCGAAUCCAAAGAAACCCUAAAAAUCGAAGUCCCAAACACGUGCACGCUUUCGCAACUCAAGCAAAUCCUUGCUCAAGCCCUCCCCAAUUCGCCGGCCUGCGAUUCAAUCCGACUGUCUCUCAAUCGGAAAGACGAUCUUGUAUCCGACGACGACAAUCCCCUCCGAUCCCUCGGCAUCGCCGCCGGCGACCUUAUCUAUUUCUCCCUCGAACAGCCGGCGGCGCGUAUGAGCUCGAAUUCCCAGAAUUCCCAUCGUCUGCGCACCGACUCAACGAUCUCGAAUGCUCAAAAUGUCCUUCCCGAGGUCGAGAAUUCCGAUUUUACUGUCUCAGGAGCGGAUUCGAAAAUGAAAGAAAAUGUAGAUUGUGGUUCACAGAUGGAGGUAGAUAUGGAGGGCAUGGAAGUUGAUGAGGAUGAUGAUUGUGUGGAUGAGGCUGUUGAUAAGUCAUUUUCUGUGCCUGGUUUCUUGAGGAAGGUUUUCAUGGAAGAAUUAGGCGAUGAUGCCGGAAAAGAUCACAAAUUGAUCAUCAUCGCCAUUCACGCUGUUAUGAUGGAGACUGGUUUUGUAGGUUUUGACAGCAAUGAUGACACGGUAGUCAACGGUUUUCAUUUUCAUGGUAACGGGUGGCCUUCGAGUCUGUUUAGGGUGUCCUUACAUUACACUCUGCAAGAAAAUCCAAACCUUAGCCCCACAAAAUCUGGUAAAAGCAUUGUGUUGAAAUUUCAGAGCUUGGGAAAAUUCAUCAAUGUUUAUGGUACGCUAGAAAAGGGGAGGUUGGGAAAGAGAGGCACUUAUCGUGUUCAGUUGAAUGAGGAAAAACUUGUCCCAUUUCUGAACGUCGUUUGGGCCAAUAUCAGUGGAGAGGACGUUGGUAAAAUGGACCCAUCCCCCGAGAAAGAGGUGUUUGAAUUUUGGAGGAACGUGAAGGAUAACCUCGCUUUACCUCUGUUGAUCGAUUUGUGUGACGAGUUAGGUCUUGAACUCCCUCCGUGUUUUAUGCAGCUUCCAACUGAUCUCAAGUUGAAAAUCUUGGAAUAUUUGCCCGGUGUCGAUAUAGCUAAAAUGAGCUGCGUUUGCUCGGAAAUGAGAUAUCUUGGAUCGAACGAAGAUUUGUGGAAGUUGAAAUUUGUGGAGGUUUUUGGGGAUGAAGUGAAAGAGGCGCAAGGGAGCUGGAAAAAGACCUUUGCUAGGUUUUGGGCCGGGCAGAAAAGUAGGAAGGUUGGUAGAGCAAGAAUGACGCCGUUUUGGCCCGAGCCAUAUUGGGCUCAGCCCAGUAGGAGAAGGUACCCUAACCCUUUUAUGGUUGCUCGGGCUCCAAGAAUCAUUGGGGGUGAUUAUGACAUAUCGCCCUCAUUUGAGGUGGGUGGUGGUAGGGUAUUUGGUGCUGUAAAUCGUCGAUCUCGGAAUUUUUCACCACAAUGUGAUUUAGGGGUUCGAGGUGAUAGGUUUGUGUGA